AUGCCCACUUUCAAAGUACAGGGGCAGGUAUACCACCGCAUUGGGUCUCUGCUGCCUGAGGAGACCUCUACGCCUAAAUUCCUUCAACUGUACUUUAUUGCAGACUACAACCUACAGGCCGAAACCCGGAUUGGUAUUUUGCCGCCGUCAGGAAGAGUUCCUCGCAGGGACGUCAUACUACUACUUCAGGCCAUGCUUCACGAGGUUAACAGCUACAUUCGCAGUUUCAAAUAUGCUUUGGAAAAUGCUCCCUUUCCUUCCUUCAGCAUUGUAAUUGACGCCGACAAACGGCCUCAUGAUGAACACGAACGCCGCUACAAUGCUCCUGCGUGCAACGAAGUGGCCGCUAUUAUUAUACAUGGGGAGCAAGACCGCACCGCGAUAUUGUCCUCAAAUCAAGAGGCGGCGCUCUUCGCAGGAUUUCAGAGACCCAUCGAUCAUAUGACGCAUUGCAGUACCCUUUACUUUUCCCUUAUGGUGACGAUGGCUACCACUUCGGCAUUCCCCUUCAUACUCCGGGUGGCCAACCUACAACGUCUUCCAAAGCCUUAUCGUGCAAGGCCUUCUACUCAUACCGGUUCAUGGUUAGGGAUGGAGACUUCAACCUGCUUCAUAGAUGCAGGGAGCUUUUCCACCAGUUUGCGGUUGACAUGGCCGCUAAGAUGGAAUCGGAGAGGCUUUGUUUUAUACGGAAUCAUCAGAAACAGCUGCGCUCAGACUCCUACGUACACUUACGUGACAGCCUUCGAAAUGAAGUCAAUCCCUGCGACCUAG